ACUCCGAUUCCUCAGCACCAUGGUCAGCGCUCUGCUCUCCUUCGGGGCGCUGUCCGUGGUGCUGAUCCUCCGCAUCUCCGCGCAGAUGGUUUGAACCUGCGCGCUGCUGCUGCUGCUGCUGCUGUUUGUGCUACAGCGCUCUGCUCCUCACUUGCACCAUCCCACCGAUGCUGACACGCACUCCUCCUCCUCCUCCUCCUCCUGAGUGGGGCGUGAGCACAGGGGCUUGACUGACACGCGGCGGCAUUCUCCCCGCUGCAUGCCCGUGGACUAGCUAUAUGCUAAUAUCGCUAAGGGACAGCAGCCAGCGGAGUCUGAACGGGCUCCUUCGCAGCCAUGGCUGAAGGUGGAGAAGGAGAGGAUGAGAUCCAGUUCCUCAGAACGGAUGAUGAAGUGGUGCUCCAGUGCGUGGCCUGCAUCCAGAAGGAGAAUCGUAAGUUCUGCCUGGCUGCUGAGGGGCUGGGCAAUCGACUGUGUUACUUGGAGCCCACAUCAGAAGCAAAGUAUGUACCUCCGGACCUGUGCAUCUGCACCUUCGUGCUGGAGCAGUCGCUGUCGGUGCGGGCCCUCCAGGAGAUGUUGGCUAAGAGUGGACAGAACAACGAAGGGAGGCUCAUAAGGAAGGCAGCACAAAGUGGUGGACACAAGACACUGCUGUACGGUCACGCCAUCCUCCUGCGGCAUUCCUUCAGUUCUAUGUACCUGGCUUGUUUAAAGACAUCAAGGUCCCAAACAGACAAGCUAUCGUUUGAUGUGGGCCUGCAGGAGGACUCCACAGGGGAGGCCUGCUGGUGGACGAUCCAUCCAGCCUCAAAACAGAGAUCUGAAGGAGAGAAAGUGCGCAUCGGUGACGACCUCAUCCUCGUCAGCGUGUCCUCAGAGCGCUACCUCCACUUAUCCAUCUCCAAUGGCAACAUCCAGGUGGAUGCCUCCUUCAUGCAGACUCUGUGGAACGUCCAUCCCAUCUGUUCCGGUAGCAACAUCGAAGAAGGUUAUCUGUUAGGGGGUCACGUGAUGCGUCUAUUCCAUGGUCACGACGAGGUGGUAACCAUCCCAGGAUCGGAUCAGAGCGAAGAGCAGCAGAGGAUAGUCAAUUAUGAGACGGGUAAAGCAGGCGCCAAGGCACGGUCCUUAUGGAGGCUGGAACCUCUCCGAAUCAGCUGGAGUGGGAGCCACAUCCGCUGGGGGCAGCCCUUUCGGUUGCGUCACCUCACUACGGGUCAUUAUCUGGCUCUGACAGAGGACAGGGGUUUGGUCCUGCAGGACAGGGAGAGGUCUGACACUGUCUCCACCGCCUUCUGCUUCAGAGCUUCUAAGGAGAAGCUGGAGCAAAGCCCCAAGCGAGACAUUGAGGGCAUGGGGGUGGCAGAGAUUAAAUACGGGGACUCACUCUGCUUCAUCAUGCAUGUGGCCACGAGUCUGUGGCUAUCCUACCAGGCGCCUGAUGUCAAAUCUGCCCGCCUCGGACCUCUCAAGAGAAGAGCGUGCCUACAUUCUGAGGGUCACAUGGAUGACGGGUUGACCCUCCAGCGCUGCCAACACGAAGAGUCCCGCGCUGCACGAAUCAUCCGCAACACCACGCUGCUCUUUAACCGAUUCAUCAGAGACCUCGACUGUCUGAGUGUGAAGAACCGGGUGCACGGCGCCCUGCCUGUGGAGGAGGUGCUCCAAACCCUCAAUGACCUCAUCACCUAUUUCCAGCUGCCCGACGCAGAGCUGGAACACGAGGAGCGGCAGAUCAAACUGCGCUCGCUCAAGAACCGGCAGAACCUCUUCAAACAGGAAGGCAUGCUGACCCUGGUGUCUAACUGCAUCGACCGACUGAACGUGUACAACAGCGCUGCCCACUUUGGGGAGUGUGCUGGACAUGGAGCUGGCGCCGCCUGGAAAGACAUCCUCAACCUGCUCUAUGAGCUUUUGGCUGCACUCAUCCGAGGGAACCGGAACAACUGCACCCAGUUUUCCAACAACUUAGACUGGCUGGUGAGCAAGCUGGAGAGGCUGGAGUCUUCCUCAGGCAUCCUGGAAGUUCUGCAUUGCAUCUUAAUUGAAAGCCCCGAAGCGCUCAAUAUCAUCCAGAAAGGACACAUCAAGUCCAUCAUAUCACUGCUCUACAAACACGGACGCAACCACAAGAUUCUGGACGUCCUCUGCUCCCUGUGUGUGUGUAAUGGGGUCGCUGUACGAACCAAUCAGAACCUGAUCUGCGACCACUUGUUGCCCAAGAGAGAUCUGCUGCUGCAAACGCAGCUGGUCAACGAUGUCCAGAGCAUGAGACCAAACAUUUUCCUGGGGAUCAGCGAGGGCUCUGCUCAGUAUAAGAAGUGGUACUACGAGUUAAUGAUCGACCAGGUGGACCACUUUGUGACCAGCGAGCCCUCGCACCUGAGAGUGGGCUGGGCCAACAGUAAAGGAUACGCGCCCUAUCCUGGAGGAGGCGAGGGAUGGGGGGGCAAUGGAGUCGGGGAUGACCUGUACUCGUACGGUUUUGAUGGACUCCACCUCUGGUCAGGGCGGAUCCCGCGUGCCGUCGCCUCUGUAAACCAGCACGUUCUGACCUCAGAAGACGUGGUGAGCUGCUGCCUGGAUCUGGGAGCGCCAAGCAUCUCCUUCAGGAUCAACGGACAGCCCGUCCAGGGCAUGUUUGAGAACUUCAACACGGAUGGACUGUUCUUUCCUGUUGUCAGCUUCUCUGCAGGCGUAAGGGUCCGCUUCUUGUUGGGCGGACGCCAUGGCGAUUUCAAGUUUCUUCCUCCGUCAAGCUACGCCCCAUGCUACGAAGCACUUUUGCCGAAAGAAAAGAUGAAGGUGGAACCAGUGAAGGAGUACAAGCGAGACGUGGAAGGAGUCCGAGAUUUGCUGGGCACGACUCAGCUAACGUCACAGGCGUCCUUCAUUCCCACCCCAGUGGAAACCAGUCAGAUUGUAAUGCCGCUCCAUUUGGAGAAAGUUCGGGAUAAGCUGGCUGAGAACAUACAUGAACUCUGGGGAAUGAACAAAAUUGAACUGGGUUGGACAUACGGCAAGAGGAUAAGGGAUGAUAACAAGCGGCAGCAUCCGUGCUUGGUGGAUUUUCUGAGGCUGCCAGAAACGGAAAAAAACUACAACUUGCAGAUGUCGACAGAAACACUGAAAACUCUGCUAGCUUUAGGUUGUCGUGUAGUUCAGGUGAAUCCGAAUGCCGAAGACUCUCUGAAGAAGAAGAAACUACCUAAGAAUUACAUGAUGUCCAAUGGUUAUAAACCAUCUCCACUAGACCUGUCUGACAUAAAGCUGACACCUGGUCAGGAACUUCUGGUGGAUAAACUGGCGGAGAAUGCUCACAAUGUGUGGGCCAAGGACCGCAUCAAGCAGGGAUGGACUUAUGGCAUUCAACAGGAUCUGAAGAGUAAGCGAAACCCUCGCCUGGUUCCUUAUUCGCUGCUGGAUGAACGCACCAAAAAGUCAAACAGGGACAGUCUUCGGGAAGCCAUCCGAACUCUUAUUGGAUACGGAUAUAACAUCGACCCCUCUGACCAAGAAGGCGGACAAGCGGCUGAGAGGCUCAGCAUUGAUAAGAUUCGCUUCUUCAGAGUGGAGAGGACGUACGCUGUGAAGACUGGAAAGUGGUACUUUGAAUUUGAGGCGGUUACAGGGGGAGACAUGAGAGUUGGCUGGGCCAGACCGGGGUGUAAGCCCGAUGUGGAGCUGGGGACAGAUGAGCUGGCUUUCGUCUUUGAUGGAUACAGAGGCCACUGCCUGAACAUGGGCAGCCGGAUGUUCGGGCGAUGCUGGCACGCCGGGGACGUGGUGGGCUGCAUGAUCAACAUGGCCGACAAGUCUAUGAUCUUCACUCUCAAUGGGGAGAUCCUGAUUACCACCAAGGGCUCUGAACUCUGCUUCACUGACUUUGAAACUGACGAUGGGUUUAUUCCAGUGUGCAGUCUCGGCCUGGCUCAAGUUGGUCGCAUGAAUCUGGGGAAGGAUGCCAGCACCUUCAAAUAUUACACUAUGUGCGGCCUGCAGGAGGGGUUUGAGCCCUUCGCCGUCAACAUGAACCGGGAGGUGACCAUGUGGUUCAGCAAGCGUCUGCCCACCUUCGUCAACGUGCCGAAAGACCACAACCACAUAGCAGUGACCCGGAUUGACGGCACCGUCGACAGCCCUCCGUGUCUUAAAGUCACACACAAGACGUUCGGCACCCAGAACAGUAACGCCGACAUGGUGUUCUGUCGCCUCAGCAUGCCCGUGGAGUUCCACUCCUUCUUCAAGUCCAAUCCUGUUGUGGACAUGAAUGGAGUUCACGACGAAGAUGUUCUAAAAGUGAAACACAGAUAUCCUUUACGAUCCGUGAGGCACAGUGAGGAGAGCAGACGAGUGGACUACAGCAGCAUCACCACGUACUACCACUCAGUGAGGAUCUUCGCAGGUCAGGACCCUGCCUGCGUUUGGGUUGGCUGGGUGACCCCUGACUAUCACUACUAUAGCAAUAACUAUAACCUCAGCAAGAACCGCACGGUAACCGUAACUCUGGGUGAUGAGCGUGGACGAGUCCACGAGAGUGUGAAGCGGAGUAACUGCUACAUGGUGUGGGGUGGUGAUUGGACCAGCGCUGCUCACUCUUCCAGUCGCACCAACGUGGACAUGGAGAUAGGCUGUCAGAUAGACUUAGCCACCGGUUUGGUGACUUUUACCAUCAACGGCAAGGAGAUUUCCACAUCCUACCAGGUCGAACCGAACACAAAGCUCUUUCCUGCCGUGUUUGUGCGACCUACCAGUCCUAACCUGUUUCAGUUUGAGCUGGCCAAAGUCAAGAAUGCCAUGCCUCUGUCGUCAGCCAUCUUUAAGAGUGAACACAAGAACCCGGUGCCCCAGUGCCCUCCGCGACUGGACGUUCAGACCAUCAAUGCAGUGCUUUGGAGCCGCAUGCCCAACAUCUUCCUCAAAGUGGAAACGGCUAAAGUCAACGAGAGGCAUGGCUGGCUGGUUCAGUGUGUGGAGCCCCUACAGAUGCUGGCAGUUCACAUACCCGAGGAAAACAGGUGUGUGGACAUCAUGGAGCUGUCGGAGCAAGAGGACAUGAAGAGGUUCCACUACCACACCUUAAAGCUCUACUGUGCCCUCUGUGCUCUGGGAAAUACCCGUGUUGCUCACGCGCUCUGCAGCCACCUGGACCAGUCCCAGCUCCUCUACACCAUCGAUAACCAGUACCUGUCUGGUAUGCUGCGUGAAGGCUUCUACAACGUUCUGAUCAGCAUCCACCUGGAGACGGCCAAGGAGGCCCGGCUCAUGAUGAAGGACGAGUUCAUCAUUCCCGUCACCCCAGAAACUCGUUCCAUCCGUCUGUUUUCGGACGCUUCUAAGAAACACCUCCCGCCAGGGGUGGGGCUUAGCACCUCGCUCAAGCCCCGCCUCAACUUUACCCCACCCUGUUUCAUCAGCACCAAACGGGACUAUCUGUACAGCCCUCAGAUCCCACUGGAUGCUCUGAAGGCAAAAGCGAUUUUAAUGUUGACAGAAGCCGUUCAAGGAGGUGGACAUCACAUUCGAGAUCCUGUAGGGGGCGGUGUGGAGUAUCAGUUUGUGCCAAUUUUGAAGCUCAUUAGCACCUUGCUGACUAUGGGAGUGCUAGGCAGUGAAGAUGUUCAGAAGAUUCUGCUGCUCAUUGACCCGAAUGUGUUCAGAGACGUUCGUGAAGGAGUGACGGGAUCGACGAACAAAGAGGGACUGACGAGGACAGAGGACAAGGCAGUGGAAGCUGGAGAGGAGGAAGCAGGGAAGGAGAUGAAACAGCCUAUGAAGGGACUGCUGGAGAAGAGAUUACCAGAACCCGUGAAAAGACAGAUGUGCGAGCUGCUUCACUACUUCUGCGACUGUGAGCUGAAGCACCGCAUCGAGGCCAUUGUGUCCUUUUCCGACAACUUUGUCUCUAAACUGCAGUACAACCAGAAGUUUCGCUACAACGAGCUCAUGCUGGCUCUCAAUAUGUCUGCCGCUGUGACGGCAAAGAAGACCAAAGAGUUCAGAUCGCCGCCGCAGGAGCAGAUCAACAUGCUCCUGAACUUCAGUACAGGGGAGGACUGUCCAUGUCCCUCAGAAAUCCAGGAGGAACUCUAUGAUUUUCACAACCAGCUGCAGCUUCACUGUGGAAUACCUAUGGAUGAAGAUGAGGACAAACAAGACACGUCCAUCAAAGGCCGCCUCCUAACGCUGGUGAACAAAAUCAAAAGUCAGUCCAAUAAGGCGGAGAAGCCCACCAAGAAGGAGCAGGCUGCACCAUCGAAUCUGAAGGAGCUCAUCUCUCAGACCAUGGUCAGCUGGGCCCAGGAGUAUCACAUCCAAGACCCGCGGCUCGUCCGUAAGAUGUUCAGCCUGUUGAGGAGGCAGUAUGAUUGCAUAGGGGAGCUGCUCCGCGCCAUGAGGAAGACUUACACCAUCAGCGCUGCCUCCGUGCAGGACACCAUCAAUCUGCUGGCCUCCCUCGGUCAGAUCAGAUCUCUGCUGUCCGUCCGUAUGGGGAAGGAGGAGGAGAAGCUCAUGAUUGAUGGGCUAGGGGACAUCAUGAACAAUAAGGUCUUUUAUCAGCAUCCAAACCUAAUGAGAAUCUUGGGGAUGCAUGAGACGGUCAUGGAGGUGAUGGUCAACGUACUGGGAGGGGACAAGUCUCAGGAAAUUGCCUUCCCCAAGAUGGUGGCGAGCUGCUGUCGCUUCCUUUGCUACUUCUGUCGCAUCAGCCGCCAAAACCAGAAAGCCAUGUUCGACCACCUGAGCUACCUGCUGGAGAACAGUAGCGUGGGCUUAGCUUCUCCGGCCAUGAGGGGGUCCACUCCGCUGGACGUGGCGGCCUCCUCUGUGAUGGACAACAAUGGCCUGGCGCUGGCACUGGAAGAACCAGACUUAGACAAGGUGGUCACCUAUCUAGCUGGCUGUGGUCUCCAGAGCUGCCCGAUGCUCCUGGCUAAAGGCUAUCCGGAUAUUGGCUGGAACCCCAUAGAAGGAGAGCGUUAUCUGUCCUUCUUGCGUUUUGCUGUUUUUGUGAACGGGGAGAGUGUGGAGGAGAACUCCAGCGUUGUGGUCAAAUUGCUCAUCCGCCGUCCAGAGUGUUUUGGUCCUGCCCUCCGCGGGGAAGGAGGGAACGGCCUGCUGGCUGCAAUGAAGGAAGCCAUUAAGAUCUCAGAAACGCCGGCGUUGGACCUGCCCGGCUCGGUGCAGGGAGUCAGCUCAGAUUUAUCUGCUGAUGGAGAUGAUGAGGAGGAGGUUGUGCACAUGGGCAAUGCCAUCAUGUCCUUUUACUCUGCUCUCAUCGACCUGCUGGGACGCUGUGCCCCUGAGAUGCAUCUCAUCAACAAGGGGAAAGGUGAAGCUCUGCGCAUUCGAGCCAUACUGCGCUCUCUGGUUCCAACCGAGGAUCUGGUGGGAAUCAUCAGCAUUCCUCUAAAGAUGCCUGUCGUCAACAAAGAUGGAUCAGUGACCGAGCCGGACGUGUCAGCGAGCUUCUGUCCGGACCACAAAGCCCCCAUAGUUCUGUUUUUAGACCGGGUCUAUGGGAUUGAAGAUCAGAGCUUUCUGCUGCACCUGCUGGAGGUGGGCUUCCUGCCUGACCUGAGGGCGGCCACCUCUCUGGAUACGGAGGGUCUGUGCACCACAGAGACCGCCCUGGCGAUGAACCGCUACAUCGGCUCAGCAGUGCUGCCCCUUCUCACUCGCUGUGCGCCUCUCUUUGCUGGCACCGAGCACCACGCCACCCUCAUCGACUCCACCCUCCACACCAUCUACCGCCUGUCCAAGGGGCGCUCUCUGACCAAAGCACAGCGAGACGCCAUUGAGGAGUGCCUGCUGUCUCUUUGCAAGCACCUCCGUCCCUCCAUGCUGCAGCAGCUCCUGCGCCGCCUCGUCUUUGAUGUGCCCUUGCUGACUGAAUACUGCAAGAUGCCUCUGAGGCUGCUAACGAACCACUAUGAGCAGAACUGGAAGUACUACUGCCUCCCUUCAGGCUGGGGGAGCUUCGGAACGGCAUCUGAGGACGAGCUGCUUCUCACCAAGAGGAUCUUCUGGGGAGUGUUUGACUCUCUGUCUCAGAGGAAGUACGAUCAAGAGCUGUUCAAGAUGGCCAUGCCAUGUCUGAGUGCCAUAGCGGGAGCUUUGCCCCCAGACUAUGUGGAUGUUUCUAUUAGUACUGCAGUAGAAAAGCCCGUGUCUAUCGACGCUCAAGGAAACUUUGACCCUAAACCCAUCAAUACAGCUAACAUUGCUCUCCCAGAGAAGCUGGAACAUUUUGCCAACAAAUAUUCUGAGCACUGCCAUGAAAAAUGGUCUGCAGAGAAGGUGCUGUUGGGGUGGAAAUAUGGCGACUGCAUAGAUGAGAAGGCAAAGACGCACCCUCAGCUCAGGAUCUAUAAAGCUCUGACAGAAAAGGAGAAAGAGAUUUACCGAUGGCCAAUAAGAGAGUCCCUGAAGAGCAUGCUGGCAAUGGGCUGGAGCAUCGACAGGACAAAGGACGGAGAGAGCAUGUCUCAGCAAAGGGAGAGUGAGAAAAUGAGGAAAAUAUCACAGGUGUCACAGGCAAACGGCUUCAACCCAAGUCCUAUAGACAUGAGCAACGUGGUCCUUCCCAGAGAACUGCAGGGGAUGGUGGAGGUGGUGGCUGAGAAUUACCAUAACAUCUGGGCCAAGAAGAAAAAAAGUGACCUUGGGAGCAGAGGUGGAGGAACGCAUCCUCUGCUGGUGCCUUACGACACGCUGACAGCGAAGGAGAAAGCUCGCGACCGAGAAAAAGCUCAGGAUCUUUUCCGCUUCCUGCAAAUUAAUGGCUUUAGCAUCACAAGGUCAAUACACAGAGAGGGUCUGAAGGACCUAGAGCAGGAUUCUCCCUCCAUGGAGAAAAGGUUUGCCUAUAAAUUCCUCAAGAAGCUGCUGAAGUACGUCGAUUCAGCGCAGGAAUUUAUAGCCCACUUAGAGGCCAUGGCUGCUAGUGGAAAAACAGACAGGUCACCUCAUGAGCAAGAAAUCAAGUUUUUCGCCAAAGUUCUUCUCCCCCUCAUAGACCAGUACUUCAAAAACCACUCUCUGUACUUCCUCUCAUCGCCCAACAAGAACCUCAGCAGCAGUGGUUAUGCCUCCAACAAGGAAAAAGAGAUGGUUGCCAGUCUGUUUUGUAAACUGGCAGCUCUAGUCAGACAUAGGAUUUCACUCUUUGGGAGCGACUCCACCACCAUGGUCAGCUGUCUGCACAUCCUGGCACACACUCUGGACACCAGAACAGUGAUGAAGUCCAGCUCUGAUCAGGUGAGAGGGGGCCUGAGGACCUUCUUCGAGAACGCAGCAGAAGACCUGGAGAAGACCUUCGAGAACCUGAAGCUGGGGAAGUUCACUCACUCCCGCUCGCAGAUGAAAGGCGUGUCACAGAACAUCAACUACACCACUGUGGCGCUGCUCCCCAUCCUCACCGCUCUGUUUGAACACAUCACCGAGCACCACUUUGGAGUAGACCUGCUUUUGGAUGAUGUUCAGGUGUCCUGCUAUCGAAUUUUGACCAGCCUCUAUGCCUUGGGUACCGGGAAAAACAUUUAUGUGGAGAGGCAGCUGCCGGCUCUCGGUCAGUGUCUGGCCACUCUGGCGGGGGCCAUGCCUGUGGCCUUUUUGGAGCCCAAGCUCAACACGCACAACCCCUGCUCUGUGUUUAACACCAAGACCGCCAGAGAUCGAGCUGUUCUUGGAGUACGAGACUCAGUGGAGGAGAUGUGUCCAGGAAUGCCCCGGCUGGACGGCCUCAUGAAGGACAUCAAUGACAUGGCGGAGUCUGGAGCUCGCUACACGGAGAUGCCUCACGUGAUCGAGGUGGUGCUGCCCAUGCUGUGUAACUAUCUGUCCUACUGGUGGGAGAAAGGUCCUGAAAACCAGUCGACCAGCGGAGGAAGCAACUGCUGCACCACCGUCACCUCAGAGCACCUCAGCCUCAUCCUCGGCAACAUCCUCAAGAUCCUCAACAACAACCUCGGCAUCGAUGAGGCUUCAUGGAUGAAGAGAAUCGCCGUUUAUGUGCAGCCCAUCAUCAGCAAGGCCCGAGCGGACCUGCUGAAGAGCCACUUCUUGCCCACGUUGGAGAAGCUGAAGAAAAAGACGGUGAAGGUGGUCGCCGAAGAGGAGCUUCUGAAGGCAGACAGUAAGGGGGACACGCAGGAGGCCGAGCUGCUGAUCCUGGACGAGUUUGCAGUGCUCUGCAGGGACCUGUACGCCUUUUACCCCAUGCUCAUCCGCUACGUGGACAACAACAGGUCCCGGUGGCUGAAAGAACCGGAUUCAGACUCCAAUGAGCUCUUCAGAAUGGUCGCAGAGAUAUUCAUCCUGUGGUGCAAGUCCCAUAAUUUUAAAAGAGAAGAGCAAAACUUUGUGGUGCAGAAUGAAAUCAACAAUCUCUCCUUUUUGACUGGAGACAGCAAAACAAAGAUGUCAAAGUCCUUUAAGGAAAAGUCUGGUGGACAAGACCAAGAGAGGAAGCACAAAAAGCGGCGAGGAGAGUUCUACUCCAUCCAGACCUCUCUGAUUGUGGCCGCUCUGAAGAAGAUGCUGCCGAUCGGUCUGAACAUGUGCACGCCUGGAGAUCAGGAGCUCAUCUCUCUGGCCAAGAUGCGCUACCUCCUGAGAGACACGGAUGAAGAAGUGAAAGACCACAUUCGUCAGAAUCUUCACCUCAGAGAAAAGUCUGAAGAUCCUGCAGUGCGGUGGCAGCUGAACCUGUACAAGGACAUAGCGAUGAGGACCGAGGGGCCUCCUGACCCUGAACGAGUUGUGGAUCGGAUCCAGAGGAUCUCUGCUGCUGUCUUCAACCUGGAGCAGGUGGAGCAGCCGCUGCGAUCCAAAAAAUGUGUUUGGCAAAAGCUGCUGUCCAAACAGAGAAAGCGAGCGGUUGUCGCCUGCUUUCGAAUGGCUCCACUUUACAACCUGCCAAGGCAUCGCUCUAUUAACCUCUUUCUCCAGGCCUAUCAGAGAAUAUGGAUAGAAACAGAGGAGUACUCUUUUGAGGAGAAGCUAGUGCAGGACCUGGCAUUUAAAAAGAGAAAAGCUCCCAGACUUUUCCACUGUGACUCACUGAGUCACUCUCGGUCAUCCAUGCAGUGGUUUUCAACAAGGCACAUUUUUGGCAAGCAUGACAUCAUCGCUGAUGUCAGAGCCGGUCGGUUGACUUCCGUCUCCCAUCCUGCGAAGAAAACACAACCGAAAGUGGAAGAGGAAGAGGAGGAGGAAGAGGUCAGAAAGCAGCCGGAUCCUCUCCACCAGCUCAUUCUGCAUUUCAGCCACAAUGCUCUGACUGAAUGCAGUGCCUUAGAAGAAGAUCCUCUAUAUAUUGCAUAUGCAGAUAUGAUGGCAAAGAGUUGUGCUGAAGGCGAGGAGGAGGAAGAAGAGGAAGGAGGCAAAGAGAAGACAUUCGAGGAAAAGGAAAUGGAGAAACAAAAGAUGCUCUACCAGCAAGCCAGACUACACGACCGGGGAGCUGCAGAGAUGGUGCUUCAGAUGAUCAGUGCUACUAAAGGUCGCCUCGGCGCUACGGUCACAUUCACGCUGAAGCUGGGGAUCUCCAUCCUCAACGGGGGGAACAUUCUGGUCCAGCAGAAAAUGCUGGACUACCUGAAGGAGAAGCGAGAUGUUGGAUUCUUUAAAAGCUUGUCAGGUCUGAUGAUAUCCUGCAGCGUUCUGGAUUUAAAUGCUUUUGAAAGGCAAAACAAGGCAGAAGGUUUGGGAAUGGUAACGGAGGAGGGAUCAAUCAACGUGAGUGAGCGGGGUUCCAAAGUUCUGCAAAACGAUGAGUUCACCAAAGACCUCUUUAGGUUUCUGCAGCUCCUCUGUGAAGGACACAACAAUGAUUUUCAAAACUUCCUGAGAACUCAAACGGGAAACACAACUACAGUCAACAUCAUCAUCAGCACUGUGGACUACCUGCUCCGACUCCAGGAGUCCAUCAGUGACUUCUACUGGUAUUACUCCGGUAAGGAUGUCAUCGAUGAAGCUGGCCAAAGGAACUUCUCUAAAGCAUUGUCAGUGGCCAAACAGGUCUUCAACUCUUUAACUGAGUACAUUCAGGGUCCAUGUAUUGGGAAUCAGCAGAGUCUGGCUCACAGCAGGCUGUGGGAUGCAGUGGUCGGUUUCCUGCAUGUUUUUGCCAACAUGCAGAUGAAGUUAUCUCAGGACUCCAGUCAGAUUGAAUUGUUGAAGGAGCUGCUAGACCUGCAGAAGGAUAUGAUCGUCAUGAUGCUGUCUCUGCUUGAAGGAAACGUGGUCAACGGGACUAUUGGGAAGCAGAUGGUGGACACGCUGGUGGAGUCCUCCAGCAACGUGGAAAUGAUCCUUAAAUUCUUUGACAUGUUCUUGAAGCUGAAGGACUUGACCACCUCGGAUAGCUUCAAGGAGUAUGACUGCGACAGCAAAGGGGUCAUCUCCAAGAAGGACUUCCAGAAGUCCAUGGAGAACCAGAAGCAGUACUCCCAGUCGGAGAUCGAGUUCCUGCUCUCGUGCGCUGAAGCCGACGAGAGCGACAUGUUCAGCUACAAGCAGUUUGUGGAGCGGUUCCACGAACCAGCCAAGGACAUCGGCUUCAACGUGGCGGUGCUGCUGACCAACCUGUCAGAGCACAUGCCGCACGACGCGCGCCUCUCCACCUUCCUGGACCUGGCCGAGAGCGUCCUCAGCUACUUCGAGCCCUACCUGGGCCGCAUCGAGAUCAUGGGCGGGGCCAAGCGCAUCGAGAGGGUCUACUUUGAGAUCAGCGAGUCGAGCCGCACGCAGUGGGAAAAGCCCCAGGUGAAGGAGUCCAAGCGGCAGUUUAUAUUCGACGUGGUCAACGAGGGCGGAGAGAGCGAGAAGAUGGAACUGUUCGUCAACUUCUGCGAGGACACCAUCUUUGAGAUGCAGCUGGCGUCGCAGAUCUCCGAGCCAGACCCGGUGGAGCGCUCGGAGGACGACGAGGAGGACAGCCAGAGCGUGGCGGAGAACCAGGAGGAGGAGGAGGAGGAGACGGUGAUGAUGGAGUUUUCCUCAGCCUUCACCAUCGCCUGCAUCUCCAUGAGGAAGAGCCUCAGCCAUUUCCGCCAGCAGCUCACCCUGAAGAGCAUGAGGCGGCAGUACAGGAAGUUCAGGAAGAUGAACAUCAAGGAGAUGGUGCGGGGAUGCUUCUCCUUCUUCUGGAUGAUCGUCACCGGCCUCUUCCACUUCAUCUACAGCCUCAUCUGGGGCUUUUUCCACAUCCUGUGGACCACCCUGUUCGGGGGCGGUUUCGUGGAGGGGGCUAAGAACAUGAAGGUGACGGACAUUUUGGGAAACAUGCCCGACCCGACUCAGUUUGGGAUCCACGGGGAUGUGCUGGAAGCAGAGAAGAUGGAGACCAAUGAAGCGUCCGUGCUGGCGGAGAUGGGGCAGAUGGCUGAGGGCGGGGCAGCGGAGGCCGACCUGAUGGCGGAGCUCCUGAACAUACAGCCCAAGAGGGAGGGCAAACACGGGAGCGAGCCGGGUUUGGGAGACGUUUCUGAGGUGGUGGUGGGAGACGCUCCGUCUAUAGCUAGUGCUGUGAAGCAGAAGAAAGCCCAGAUGGCUGCAAAGAAGCGGGAUGUCAAUGGAGACUAUAAAUCAGACUCUGAAAAAGGAGACUCCGAGGACGGGGAAAAGAAAGACAACGACAAGGCCAAAGACGAAGGCCCUCCAGAGAGUUCAGUGGAGGAGAAGCGGGCUCCAAAGAAAAGGCUGGGUCUGAGAAAAGAACCACCAGAGGCCUUCAUGGCCAGCUUCUUCGCUGGAUUGGAAGUCUACCAGACUAAAAUGCUGAACUACCUGGCCAGAAAUUUCUACAAUCUUCGCUUUUUGGCCCUCUUUGUCGCCUUUGCGAUCAACUUCAUUCUUCUUUUCUACAAGGUGACUGGGGACUACUCGGAUGAGGAAGACCCCUGGACCAGCCGGAGGAGAGCCGGAGAGGAAGAGGAUGCUCUCGAGUACUUCGUUCUCCAGGAGAGCACGGGGUACAUGGCCCCGACUCUUCGCUGUCUGGCCAUUCUGCACACCAUCAUAUCCUUCCUCUGUGUGGUGGGGUACUACUAUUUAAAGGUUCCUCUGGUCGUGUUCAAGCGGGAGAAGGAGAUAGCGAGGAAGCUGGAGUUUGCCGGCCUAUACAUCACCGACCAGCCGUCCGACGAUGACAUUAAAGGACAGUGGGACCGGCUGGUCAUCAACACUCCCUCAUUUCCCAACAAUUACUGGGAUAAGUUUGUCAAACGCAAAGUGAUAAAGAAGUAUGGAGAUCUGUACGGAGCGGAGAGGAUAGCAGAGCUGCUGGGGUUGGACAAGAGCGCCCUGGAUUUCAACCCUACUGAGGAAGCGGUUGCCAAGGAGGCCUCUCUCGUGUCAUGGUUAAGCUCCAUUGACACAAAGUACCACGUCUGGAAAAUGGGAGUCGUUUUUACCGACAACUCCUUCCUGUAUCUGGUUUGGUACACCACCAUGUCCAUCCUGGGCCACUACAAUAACUUCUUCUUUGCUGCCCAUCUGCUGGACAUCGCCAUGGGCUUUAAGACACUUCGCACCAUCCUCUCCUCCGUCACUCAUAACGGCAAACAGCUGGUGUUGACGGUGGGUCUGCUGGCCGUUGUGGUUUACCUCUACACGGUUGUGGCCUUCAACUUCUUCAGGAAGUUCUACAACAAGAGUGAGGAUGACGAUGAGCCGGACAUGAAGUGUGAUGACAUGAUGACGUGUUACCUGUUUCACAUGUACGUCGGAGUGAGAGCCGGAGGAGGCAUUGGAGAUGAGAUCGAGGACCCGGCCGGCGAUCCCUAUGAGCUCUACCGCAUCCUUUUUGACAUCACCUUUUUCUUCUUCGUCAUCGUCAUCCUCCUGGCCAUCAUCCAGGGUUUGAUUAUUGACGCCUUUGGAGAGUUGAGAGACCAGCAGGAACAAGUCAAAGAGGACAUGGAGACCAAAUGUUUCAUUUGUGGCAUCGGGAAUGACUACUUUGACACGACCCCCCAUGGCUUCGAGACUCACACCUUACAAGAGCACAAUUUGGCCAACUACCUGUUUUUUUUGAUGUACCUCAUCAACAAAGACGAAACAGAGCACACUGGCCAGGAGUCGUACGUGUGGAAGAUGUAUCAGGAACGCUGCUGGGAUUUCUUUCCCGCUGGAGACUGCUUCCGUAAACAGUACGAAGAUCAGCUUGGAUGAAGCCUCUACUUUACCUCCUUCUGCGUGAAACGACGUCUGACGAUGACUACAGAAACUAACACUCAGCCCAGCUUUGGACUUGUUUACGUUAGUACAGUACCAGUCCAAACGGACCUGUCACUUGCUACAAGUGAGUUGGUUCUUUGAGAUUCUGGACGUGUCUUUGACAGUGUGUUGCCUUUUACUCCACAUAACCUGAUCAUUGCACAAUCUCUCCAUUUCUUUAUUUUUUUGGUUGUCUUUUGGGAGAACCGUGGGUUGUGUGGGGUCAUGAGAUAACGUGCUUGUCUCUUUAUGCACAAUGUAUGAAUGUUAAACUUGAGACUUAAUGCCAAAAGAAAAAAAAAGCAAAUCUAGAAAGAAAGUGAGCAAAAAUAUGUCUAGUUUUUUGUGAAAUUGCAUAUUAAGGCAAGAGAAGCAGAAAGACGGUAAAAAAUAGAUUAAAAAAAGCCUAAAUUCUCCAAGUGCCUUAUAGUACUGUGUCUACAUUACAAUGACGCUAUGCAAAAGUUUUGUUGAUUUCUUGUUGUAAGUCUGUACAGUAGUUUUAUUAAAGUGGUAACAGGAUUGGUUACGGUAUGUAGUUUGUUUUCCUCUGAACAUGGACGAACAGAUUAUGUUUUAUUUUAUUGCUGAACUAUUGCAGACGUUCAAGUGUAUAAUUGACAUGAAUGGCACUUAUCAUCACCCAAACGUGAAACAAAACCUUGCUAUUGUAUGGCCAUUUGUAUGUAACAGCUUUGUUGAAUCGUGCAUUUCUUUGGAAGAAAGAAAAUAUUAAAGAAAUCAAAGGAAA